AUGGCGCGUCCCGUCAAGCAGCAAAUCACGGCUCCGUCCGUCCCUCCCCGUCGCUCGCCCAUAGCAAAAUCCAUCACGGUAGUCGUGACAGACGUAACGGUUGCAGCGGGAGUGACGGCGCUUGUCGACCCGCUGUUUAGCGCCGCUGCUCUUCCCCCCCGUCGACCCCUCGACCCGCCACUGCAUUCCCCGCCGCACUUCCCCGUCACGCUGCCUUGUCGCGGCUCCUUGGCGUGGAAACAUCGACGAUCGCUGUGGGGGGGGGGGGGGAGAGGAGAAGGGGACAGGGGUGGCGGCCAUCACUUGAGCAUCAGCGCCAGCCCGCGUUUCGUCCCGUCCCGCUCCGUCCCCGCCCGCCCUCCCGUCGACGUCGACUUCGCAGCUGCUGUGCAGGGAGUGGCGGGAAUGGCGGGCGUGGCGGGAAUGGCGGGAGAAGCUACUGCUCCGCCCAUGCAUUCUCCAGAUCGUACGCGACGUGCAAGCCCGCCAGCAACGCGUCACCAGCAGCCCACCAGCGACGACCGCCAUCGACCGUCGCCGGCGCCAGUUCGUCCGCGCCCAGCACGCACCCAGAUCAUUGCCCCGUACGCACCCUGCCUCCUGCUCGCCUACUGUCGCCCGUACACACCUCGCCACCCGCUCGUCCCCUCGUCGCGGCUGCUCGUGUGUGCAGUGACGGUAGCUGUGGGAAGAGAGGGAAACGCGAAGGGCGUGGUGGCGGACCGACUGCCAGCUCGCCAACCGUCCGCGCAGAUCCCGCCCCGUGGCCAUCCCGUCGUCCCGCCUCAUCCCUGCCCUGCCGUUAGAUCCCGCUCCGUUUCCAAACGGAAGGGGAUGUGGUGGUGUGUUGGCCCGUGGGGGACGGCUGGGGAGGGGGAGUGGGGGUUGGCAGUUCAUGAGGGGGGAGGAGUUGGGGACGGGGAUGGUGGGCGGAUGUCAGCAGCGACCGCCAGCGCCAGCAGCACCUGCUGCCGCCCAACACGGCAUCACAGGGGGUUGAGUGUGCUGGGGUGGAUGGAGUACCUGUUGCAGCCUCAGCUGCCUCCACAUUUCCCUUCUCCCCUCGCUCUGCCGCUGCUGCUGUGGGGGGGAGGUUCAGGGGGUGUGCAUGGUGAACGUUCAGCUGCAGCAUCAGUCGCCUCCUCCUCCUCUCAUCCCCUGCCCCAUGUUCUCCCGUGUAGUUUCCUCUGUUCCCCGUGCUUGCCCCGUGUCCCUGCCUACCCAUGCGUCCGUUACUACCCGUGUCCUACCCGUGUUCCGGUGUUCUGCCCGUGUCCUACCCGUGAUUUGGUGUUUUGCCCGUGUUCUGUCCAUGAUUCUGCCCGUGAAUAUACCCCUGAUUCUGCCCGUGAUUCUCCCCGUGUGCUGCCCGUGUUUUGCCCGUGUUUUGCCCGUGAUCCUGCCAGUGAUUCUGCUCAUGAUUCUCCCCGUGUGCUGCCUGUGUUUUGCCCGUGUUCUGCUCGUGAUCCUGCCCGUGAUUCUGGUCGUGAUUCUGCCCGUGAUUCUGCCCAUGAUUCUGCCCGUGAUGCUUCCCGUGCUGCCCCGUGCUCCCUGAUUCUGCUCAUGAUUCUCCCCGUGUGCUGCCUGUGUUUUGCCCGUGUUCUGCCCGUGAUCCUGCCCGUGAUUCUGGUCGUGAUUCUGCCCGUGAUUCUGCCCAUGAUUCUGCCCGUGAUUCUGCCCGUGAUGCUUCCCGUGCUGCCCCGUGCUCCCGUGCGUCCCGCGCUGUUCGUGUCCUGCCUCCCGUGUCCGGCCUCCUUUUGUCCGUGUCCUGCCCUGUUCUGCCUGUGCUGCCCCGUUGUGCCUGUGUUGCCUCGUUAUACCCGUGCUGCCCCGUUGUGCCUGUUUGUGCCCUACUCGUGCUGUCCGUACCCGUUUGUGCCCCACCCGUGCUGUCCGUGCCCGUUUGUGCCCCACCCGUGCUGUCCGUACCCGUUUGUGCCCCACCCGUGCUGUCCGUACCUGCUCGUGCCCCACCCGGUCUGUGGUGCCCGGCCCCGUGCGGCCCGUCCCGUCCAGCACCUAGUUGUUACCUGA